AUGGCACAAAACAUCUUUGAAGUUUUACCCAACGAUUUGAUCGGAGAAAUUCUCUCUCAUAUCAGUCAUGUAGAAUUGCUUGUUACCUUCUCUCGAGUUUGUAAAUAUUGGCAACGAAUUUGCUAUGAAUUAAUUUGGGAUUAUUAUGAAAAAUCAAUUUUACAAUUAACGAAUUUAAAUCCGAAAUUACAAUUUGCUGAUUUGGAUCAAUUUUUACAUUCAAAACAAGGAAGGAAAUUUAUUAGAUAUUUAUUACGUAAAGGGGUUUAUGAUUUUGCUUGUAAAUUGGCAAAGAUUUCAUCAGUUUCUGAAGAUAUUCGAUCAUGUUCAAUCAAAGAAAAGUGGGUUGAUGUGGAAUUGAGUGUUUUGAAGGAAUGUUUUAAAAGAUUCUCUGAUUUGACAGAUCAACCAAUGAUUCCACCUCCAAAACCAGUCCAGAAAGUUGAUGAGAGCAAUUCAUCAUCAAGAGGAUUUUUCAGUGGUGCCUUAUCAUUUAUUGGAUCAAUGUUUGCAAAGAAUCCUGCAAGUAGUUCAAGUACUACUAUAUCUAAUAGUACUAAUAGUAUUCCUGAGACCAAGGUAACUGCUGAAUCUAAACCCAGACCAGAGUAUGAUUUUCUGACAAAGGUAGUUUUGGAUGGUGAUUAUGCAAGUGGAAAGACUUCAUUGUUUAAUUGUGCAAUGAAUGAAAUACCAGUGAAUGCUUCAAGAAAUCAUCACAUCCCAACAAUUGGAGUUGAUUUUGGAAUCAAGAAUUUCCAAUUUGGAGAUACUACCAAAAUCAAGAUGCAAUUGUGGGAUCAAUCUGGACCAGAGCGUUAUAGUCGAGUUUCUUUGUCAUUUUACAGAAAUGCAUCAGUUGUUCUAUUACUGAUCGAUCCUUCUAAUAAUUUUGCAUCUGAAUCAAUGAAAGAAAAAGCAGAAACAAUCAAGAAGCAUGCUUCAAAGGCAGAAGUUAUUCUAAUCUCAACCAAGAAAGAUAAGAAAGAAAAGAGAAUAAUUUCAAAUAAGCAAGCUGAUAAAUUUGCCUAUGAUAAUUUUGAAAGUUUACAUUUGGAUAUUACUAAUACUAAAUUGGAAGAACCUAAAAAUAUUAUUUGGUAUUGUGCCUUACUCAAGUAUUUACUUUCUCCUUAA